AUGUCACCAACAACUAAGCCUUUGGACAAAAUGAAAUACAGCAUGGCCAGACACUUGUCGCCGGAGGAGAUUCAGGUCUUCAAGGACCUCUUCGACUCAUAUGACGCAGACAAGGGUGGCAAUAUCAGUGUUGAGGAGUUCACGAAAGUAAUGUCUCAGAGUCCCGGCAAAGCACCAACAAAAGAAGAGGUAGCGCAAAUCAUUAAAGAGGUUGACCUCGAUGGAGACGGGCAAAUCAACUUUGAUGAGUUCAUCACUAUGAUGACUGGUCAGCCAUACCCGCCUCCGGAUGAAGAAUGGGUUAAAGCCUGGAAACAAUUUGAGCCGUCGCUGAAUGGCUCAAUUACACAGAGUCAAUUUCGACAAAUAAUGGCGGACUUGGGAGAAUCUGUCACUGAUGCUGAGGUUGACAAACUCAUCAACAAUGUAGAUGGAGAAGGGAAACUUAGCUUCAAAGCAUUUGUGCACUUUUUGAAGAGUAGGAACUUGGAAAAUGAUAUUCUAAAUGGAUAUGCUUAA